GUCUAUACCAGCGUCGCUCUCUGCUAAAGCUAAUAUCAACAGUUCGCCGGAGAUUCGCCAAUUGAACCUCGCCGUCGCCUGUUUUCGUUACCGAAGCUAGCAGAACAAAAGCGAGCAGAAUGAGGAAGAAGGUGGACGAACGUAUUAGAACCCUACUUGAAAAUGGAGUCAAAACGAGACACCGUUCAAUGUUCGUCAUCAUCGGUGACAAGUCCCGCGACCAGAUUGUGAACCUCCACUACAUGCUUAGCAAAUCAGUUGUUAAGUCAAGACCUAAUGUUCUAUGGUGUUACAGGGAUAAACUUGAACUUAGCAGUCAUAAGAAAAAACGGGCCAAGCAGGUGAAGAAGCUUAUGCAUAGAGGACUUCUAGAUCCUGAGAAGGUUGAUCCCUUCUCACUUUUCCUAGAAACUGCAGGGAUCACUUAUUGCCAGUACAAGGAUUCUGAGAGGAUUCUUGGAAAUACAUUCGGCAUGUGUAUACUUCAGGAUUUUGAGGCGUUGACUCCAAAUCUUCUAGCAAGAACCAUAGAAACAGUGGAAGGUGGUGGAUUGGUUAUGCUGUUGCUUCGUUCUUUGUCUUCGCUCACUAGUCUCUACACCAUGGUCAUGGAUGUUCAUGAGAGAUUCCGUACAGAAUCUCAUUCUUUAGCAACUGGACGCUUCAAUGAACGUUUCCUCCUUUCACUUGCAUCAUGUCAAUCAUGUAUAGUUAUGGAUGAUGAGUUAAAUAUCUUACCAAUCUCAUCUCAUAUGAAGUCAGUCACAGAAGUUCCAGUAGAAGAGGACUCUGAAGGUCUCUCAGAAGCAGAACGCGACUUAAAAGAUCUAAAAGAGCAAUUAAAAGACGACUUUCCUGUUGGCCCAUUGAUUAAAAGUUGCUGCACAUUGGACCAGGGAAAAGCUGUGAUUACUUUUCUUGAUGCAAUUUUGGACAAAACACUUCGUAGCACUGUGGCUUUACUUGCUGGUAGAGGGCGUGGAAAGUCAGCUGCACUUGGUCUUGCAAUUGCUGGAGCUGUUGCUGCAGGGUAUUCAAAUAUAUUUGUGACUGCUCCUAGCCCAGAAAACCUCAAAACUCUGUUUGAAUUUGUAUCAACGGGGUUCCGUCUGCUUGAGUACAAGGAACAUUUGGAUUAUGAUAUUGUGAAAAGCUCAAAUCCAGAGUUUAAAAAAGCGACCAUCAGAAUAAAUAUCUACAAACAACACAGACAGACAAUUCAGUACAUACAACCACAUGAACAUGGAAAACUGUCACAAGUUGAACUUUUGGUGGUUGAUGAAGCUGCAGCUAUUCCACUCCCACUUGUCAAGUCCUUAUUGGGUCCUUAUCUUGUUUUCCUUUCCUCCACUGUUAAUGGAUAUGAAGGUACAGGGCGAUCUCUAUCAUUAAAGCUACUUCAACAACUUGAAGAACAAAGUCGCACAUCUUCAAAAAGCAAAGAAGCUGUUCCUUCUGGCCGGCUUUUUAAGAAGAUUGAUUUGAGUGAAGCUAUUAGAUAUGCAAAUGGUGAUCCAAUCGAAUCAUGGCUUAACAAUUUACUUUGUUUGGAUAUUGCAAAUUCUAUUCCUAGUAUCAACAGGUUGCCUCCUCCUAGUGAGUGUGAUCUUUAUUAUGUUAAUCGGGAUACCCUUUUUUCAUAUCAUAAAGACAGCGAGCUAUUUCUUCAGAGAAUGAUGGCCUUAUAUGUUGCUUCUCACUACAAAAACUCUCCAAAUGAUCUCCAGUUAUUGGCUGAUGCGCCAGCUCAUCACUUGUUCGUCUUACUUGGUCCUGUUAACGAGUCAAGAAAUCAGCUCCCAGAUAUACUUUGUGUCAUCCAGGUGUGUCUUGAAGGAAAAAUUUCACAGGCUUCUGCAAUGAGAAGUUUAAGUGCUGGACAUCAACCUUCUGGAGACCAAAUUCCAUGGAAGUUCUGUGAACAAUUCCAAGACAAAGAAUUCCCAACUCUUUCUGGUGCUAGAAUCGUCCGCAUCGCAACACAUCCAAAUGCAAUGAAGCUUGGAUAUGGUUCAGCUGCCAUAGAAUUGCUAUCAAGGUACUUUGAAGGUCAGUUCACUUCCAUCUCUGAAGAAGAUGAUGUCCAAAACAAACCAGAGUCUUCAAAUCUCAGAAUCACUGAAGCUGCUGAGAAAGUGUCAUUGCUUGAAGAAAAUAUAAAGCCAAGAUCCGACCUACCUCCUCUACUUGUACAUCUACGUGAAAGAAAGCCUGAAAAGCUUCAUUACUUGGGUGUCUCAUUUGGACUUACUCUCGACUUAUUUCGAUUCUGGAGAAAACAUAAAUUUGCUCCAUUUUACAUUUGUGAAGUUCCAAAUGCUGUGACUGGUGAACACACAUGUAUGGUUCUAAAACUGCUGGCAAACGAUGAAAUUGAAGUUAAAAAAUCAGAUGAUGAAUGGGGAUUCUUUGGUGAUUAUUAUAGAGCUUUUAAGGCAGCAUUUGCUAGGCUUUUAUGUUCUCCAAGAUUUAACACAAUGGAAUACAAGCUUGCAAUGAGUAUCUUGGAUCCAAAACUCAGCUUCCCGGAUGCAGACCCUUCAUCAACAACAAUUUCACAUGGGAUAUAUGAUGACAUCAUCAAAUCUCAAGUCAGUAUGAAAAGACUAGAAUCUUAUGUCAACCACCUUGCUGAUCAUCAUCUCAUUUCAGACCUGAAACUGCCUCUUGCAUACCUAUACUUCCAGGAGAAGUUUCCAGUUACAUUAUCAUAUGCUCAAGCUUCUGUGUUACUAUGCAUGGGAUUACAGAACCAAGAUGCUUCAUAUACCGAGGGAGUGAUGAAGUUGGAAAGACAACAAGUAUUGUCAUUAUUCAUGAAAGUGAUGAAAAAGUUUCAGAAAUAUUUGAAUUCAGUAUCUUUAAAACAGUUCAGUGCCACUCUUCCACCAGUCAAAGAAGUUGUGUUGAAGCCACAUUUGAUUUCUGUGGAUGAGGAUCUUGAUGAAGCUGCAAAGAAAGUGAAGGAUGAGAUGAAAGCAAAGAGUGAAGGGUUAUUGAACCCGGAGUUUCUUCAGAGGUAUGCGAUUGCUGAUAAGGAUGCGGAUUUUGAAAGUGCUUUGCCAAGUGGUGGAAAGAUACCAUCAUCAGGUGAUGUGAUUAGUGUUAAGUCUUCUAGUAAAAGUAAAACCAAGCCAGAAAAACAACAACAUGGGACACCAAAAGAUAACAAAAAGAGUGACAAAAAAAGAAGCAAUGGAGGACGUUCUUCCAAUUCCAAAUCAUCAAAAAAGAAAAGAUCAUCAUCACCAUAGAUAGCAGUUACUAAUUAUUAUGGGUCUAUUUUGUCUACCCUUCAGUUUUGCAAACCAUGGUUAGGGUUAGAUUUUAGAGAUUAUUGGCGAUAUUAGAUGAAAUUUUGUAUGUGAAAUUACAAUUAUUUAAGGGUA